GUUAGAGCCUCAAAAUCUUGCAUGCAUUAAUUUCAACUCUUAUCAAAAAGGCAUCGUUUCUUUCCAGGUAAACUGACAUCUGACUGUUAAAACAAGACUUCAAAAGUAACUAAUAGCAACUUUGAAAAUGGACAAAAUUUGGUAUCGUGCUGUUAUCGAGUACCUGCAAAAGAAGGGUUUAGCCCCCUAUGACAUCCAUGCUGACAUGGUUGCUAUAUUAGAGAAUAACUCUCCAAUUUUAUCAACAUGGCAAAAAGUGGGGAGCUGAAUUUAGGAAAGGAAUGGAGAGUCUAGAAGAUGGGCUCAAGGUCUGGGCGUCCUGAAACUGCCAGCACCGAGGAAAGCAUUGAUCGUGUUAUAUAUGCUGAUGGACGACAGGCGAUUGACUAUAAAUCAAAUAGCUAAUGUUGAGAAUAUCCUGCACAAUGAACUUAGCCUGGCGAAGAUUUCUGCUCAGUGGGUGCCACAUCGUCUAACACCUGACCAAAAGCACACCAGGUUGAUCAAAACAUGAGAAAAAUCUAAUGCUUAGCGGCAUUUCGUCCGUCAUUACGUUCUGAGUUCAAAUUCAGCCGAAGUUGACUUUGCUUUUCAUCCCUUCGGAGUCGAUAGAAUAAGUACCAGUUGAGCGUUGUGGGUCAAUGUAAUCGACUAGUUUCCUACCCCAAAAUUCUGGCCUUGUGCCUACAGUAGAAAGGAUUAGCUUCAUUGUUGUUGUUGAUGAUGAUGACGAUGAUGUUUUUUCUUGUUGUUAAGCAUGUUUCUAUUUUAAAUCUGUAGGAAUUCAUUGCAUAGUUUAUUUAAUUAGUUAUUUGGCUGCAUGGUGGUUUAAAAUUUUGUACGAUAAAUUAUACCGCGAUGAGAAACUGAUUGCAACUAACGUGUCAAAGAGAUGGCUGAAAUCUGAUAACAUUGCUAAUCUAUAAAACGUACGUAACGGAUAUGGAGAUAUGGAGAAAGCGUCUCCCACGCCAGGUUUACCAAAACCAAAAUGAAAAUCAACAAUUACAAAUUAUGAAAAGGAAAAUAAUGAAAUCGGGUUGUCACGGCACAGUAAAUAACAACGAGAAGGAUAACUCAUUGGAUAAUCCAGACUCGAAUAAAGGAUUCGUGACAGGUCAUAUCGUCUGUGAUCUAUUUAACAAAAAUCAGCGACAAUCGACGACUUGUGGGCGUCCGGGCUUUCAUACAGAGAUUAAACUUUCUAUUUUGAAAGAACUGUCUAGCUGUUGUUAUCCUUGUUUUAAGAUUAAGAUCAAACUACAAAAUAUCUCGGAUUAUAUAACCCAGUAAAAAAAGAAGGGAAUAAUUUUAACACUAAUUACAAAAAUAUAUAAAAUAUUAUAUAUAAAUAUAUAUAAUAAAGAGGAAGAAUAAAUUACAAAACGAAAAAAGAAAAAGACAGGAGAAAAACAGAUUGAAUGGCAAAUGGCGAGACAUUCUCUUACGUCAGUUUUACCAAAAGAUUAUUCUACGAUGAUUACGCCAUUUUGUUAUUUCAACAACGCUUCAGUUAUUCAUCUCAGGCAUGUUAUGUAGUCAACCAAAGACUCUUGAAUUUCAAUAGAAUCGGUUAGGACCCAUAAUGUUCACAAGAUGGCCGCUGGUAGCUUUGUUAUGUUUGACGACGAUUGCAGCCCUCCUAACGUGGCAAGAAGUGUCUGCUCGCAGUGAUAAUGCUACCGGCAACGAUAUAUCGAAAGCACGCAAUCUUAAAAGCGAAGACAUUCCACCUCAUGGAGGACACAAGAAACAUUCAGAAUCGAAUGAAACCAUUGGUGUUGAUUUGGUCGAAAUCAAGUUCGAAGAAGUUGAGAGUCCGUUUAUUGUCUGCUGUGUGGUCCUCAUUGCGGCCCUCAGUAAGCUCGGUUUCCAUUAUUCAAACUUUUUGUCAUCGAUUGUUCCAGAAUCAUGCAUGCUCAUCCUCGUCGGUACCAUUGUUGGUGCUAUUAUACAUUUUACUAAUAUCGCAUCAGAGCUUCCGAGGUUUUUCACUCCUCAUCAAUUUUUUAUUUAUCUGCUGCCUCCAAUCAUUCUCGAAGCAUCUUACAGUCUAAACGACAAGGUCUUUUACGAAAAUCUUGGAAGUGUCUUGAUAUUUGCUGUUGUAGCUACCAUACUUAAUUUUUUAUUCAUCGGUUUAACUCUCUAUGGAUUGGCAGUUAUUGGAGCGAUGGGAGAAAUUACUAUACAGUUCAUCCCAAUCCUGGUCUUCAGCUCCCUAAUUGUUGCAGUAGAUCCUGUUGCUGUACUGGCAGUCUUUCAAGAAAUGGGUGUUAAUAGUGUUUUAUACUUCCUAGUGUUUGGAGAAUCUCUCUUAAACGAUGGUGUUACUGUUGUUUUGUAUAACGUGAUGCAGACCUAUAACGAAAUGGAAGUCAUACAUGGAGAGCAGGUGGCGCUCGGUGUGGCUAAGUUUUUCGUUGUCUGCAUCGGAGGCUUUUCUAUGGGUACCCUAGUUGGGUGCAUAUGUGCUGUCAUUACAAAAUUCACCUCCAGCGUUAAAGUGUUGGAACCACUGACCAUCUUUUCCCUCGCUUUCCUCUCCUAUCUUCUGGCAGAGAUGUUUGCAUUCUCCGGUAUAAUCAGUCUCAUCGGAUGUGGUCUCAUACAGGCGCAGUACGCGUUCAACAACAUCACUCGUAAAUCGAAAACUACUGUAAAAUACUUCGCCAAAGUAGCCAGUACAGCUACAGAAAUUGUAAUAUUUCUGUUCCUGGGCUUAGCAUUGGUUGAACCAAACCAUGAAUGGCAUACAGGUUUUGUUUUAUGGACCAUAUUCCUCUGCUUGGUAUACCGUUUUAUCAUUGUGUAUAUUAUCACAUUUCUCCUCAACAAUUUGGAUAUGUAUCGCAUCAGGAAAGUAGGAUACGAUGAACAGUUUAUCAUGAGUUAUGGUGGUUUGAGAGGAGCCGUCUGUUUUUCUCUGGUUGCCACCUUAGACCCGGGUAAAUUUCCACUCAGAAAUCUCUUUGUCACAACCACUUUAACAGUCGUCAUCUUUACAGUUUUCAUUCAGGGAAUAACUAUAAAACCAUUGGUGAAACUAUUACAGAUUAAAAUGGCGCCAGAAAAAACAUUAAAUUUAUUCCAAGAGCUCAAUGAUCAUGCAACAGGCCAUAUCAUGGCAGCGAUAGAAGAUAUUGUUGGAUGUCGUGGAAAAUACUCCUGGAAGGAAAUCAUUGAUUACGUACAUGAAGGAUACCUCAAGAAAUGGCUCCAGAGAGAGCCCUCUGGAGUUGAUGCUGAAAUUAAAGCUAUUUACGAAAAAGUAGCUCUAAGGGACCAUUUUGACCAGUUAUAUCUAGGAGGUGCCAAAAAUAUUCCGUUGUCUGAAGGAAUCCUUACUCCGCUGUUAGAUCCAUUAGAAAAGCUCAGGCAAGAUAACUCUGUUUGUUUAAGCAUGGUCAUGUUUCUUAUCUCCCUUGUUUCUCAUUUGCUAACAAACAAUAUUCCUUGAUAAUGCUGAGGCAUCUCGUACAAUACAUACUGUAAUACGACUAAAUACAAUCAGGGUAGUUAAAUUAAUUAAUUAAUUAAUAUAUGGACUAUUUAUAUCUAUAAAUUUAUUAUUAUUAUUAUUACACAAGAAUCAUAAAUUUGUUCUAA